AUGAAGAAAGUUCUUCUAGUCAUCAACUGUAUAAUUCUAGCUGUAGGAACCUGUGGUGGCCCUUUGGUCAUGCGCCUUUACUUCAUUAAAGGAGGCAAAAGAAUUUGGCUAUCAAGCUGGCUACAAACUGCUGCUUGGCCAAUCAAUUUCAUCCCUUUAGUCAUUUCCUAUUUCUACCGUCGCAAUAAUAAUAAUAAUACUACCUCCAAGCUCAUUCUGAUGACUCCCCGAAUUUUCAUGGCGACUAUUGGGAUCGGAAUCCUUCAAGGAUUUACAAACUAUUUCUACGCUUAUGGCAUAGGAAAAUUACCCGUCUCCACUAGCGGACUUCUUUUUGCAACGCAACUUGCUUUCACUGCCUUCUUUGCUUUCCUUAUAGUGAAGCUGAAGUUCACUCCUUACUCGGUAAACUCUGUGUUUUUGUUGACGAUUGGCGCAGUGGUUUUGGCUCUACGCUCCGGUGGUGAUCAACCGGAGGGAGAGCCAAAGAAAGAGUAUAUAUUAGGAUUUGUCAUGACCCUGGCAUCUGCUGCAUUGACUGGCCUUAUUUUUCCUUUGGUGGAGUUGAUAUAUAAAAAGACACAACAAACUAUCACUUACACAUUUGUAUUGGAGUUUCAAACACUCUAUUGCUUUGUUGCUACUGUGCUUGCAACAAUUGGAAUGAUCAUAAACAAAGACUUUCAGGCAAUUUCAAGGGAGGCGAAAACAUUUGAACUUGGAGAAGACAAAUAUUAUAUUGUGAUAAUAUGGAGUGCAAUAAUUCUGCAAUUCUACUUCUUAGGGUCCAUUGGAGUCAUCUAUUCUGCUUCUUCUUUGGUAUGUGGCAUUUUAGUAUCAGUUCUACUUCCUCUCACUGAAGUUUUAGCUGUUUUCCUUUAUGGCGAAAAAUUCAAUGCAGAAAAAGGAGUUUCUCUUGCCCUUUCUCUAUGGGGAUUUGCUUCAUACUUUUAUGGUGAUUAUAAAGAAGCUAAGCAGAGAAAAAAGAAGAAGCUGAAAGAGAAUCUCAAUUCACAUACAUUCCAACUUAUUUAA